AUGUGUCUCAUCCCCAGCCUUCUCACAGCGACCCUGCUCGCACUCUUCGCCACCGUUCUCGCCGAUGGCGGCUACGCCUCGCCUGGUGAGGAUCAAUGCAAGGUCAUCGAGCUCUGGUGGGGCAGGGACAACAACGAGGCCAUCCAGGUCAUCGCCGACUGUCCCGUCUACCAGGGGGAGAAGUCCUACUAUUGUAGCAAGCUACCUCUGGACAAGUGUUUCGGUAACAUCCAAGGACAGCUGAAGCCCAUUCGCAACGGCGGCUUCUCGAGCUCCUGCCAUGACUGCAAACUGGAGAGCACCAAGCUGUCUUGCUACUGCGAGCGUAGCAAUACCGACACGGCCCGGUGGCAAUACACGGAGAUCGAGACGAUCGGACAAGCGACCACUAACCCAACGUGUUACUGCGAUUAG